AUGGAGCUCUCUGAUAUCUUUCGCAUUGUCAACUUGGCCGUCGGUGCCAUUACUGUCCUCGGCGGUAUCUUUGGAGUCUUUGGCGGUGGACUGCGCGCCAUUGUCCUCAGCAUCUACAUGAUCAUUUUCGGUCUCUCCAUUGGUCUUCUCGAGUUCCAGAUCCCUCCCCAGGUCUCCCGCUAUGCCAACUUUCUCUUCUCCUUUGUCGGCCGUGGUGUUUUCUACGUCUUCCUCGGCUGCCUCCUCCUCGGCGACAAGAUCAUCAGCAACAUCGCUGGCGGUGUCGUCGGUAUAAUCGGCAUUGCCUACAUCGCUCUCGAGUUUGUUCCCUCUAUCGAGCCCCCUGCCAACAUGCGCGAGGCCGAUGCCGCUGGCUGGGGCGCGGAGCAGGUUUAA